AUGUACAUGAGGUUCCAUGAAGCCGUUGUUGCGAAGUAUAAUGCUGAGGUGGAGGUGUAUCGCAUUGCCGGUAAAAUUGAACUCUUUGAAGAGCUCUUCAACGAUGUCGUUAUGAACCAUGUUAAGGACAAGCUGGAAAAGGAACUUGCUCUUGCUCAUGCCCGUCUUGCUGAUGUGAAGGUUCCCAAUCUCGAUUGGGAAAAGCUAGGAGAGCCACAAAUGUGGCGUUAA